ACAAAACUGAUAGUUGAGACUUUUGAUGUAGUUACAAUCACGCAAUUUAUACAACUAUGUUGAAGAUCCGUCAACUUCAGAAGAAGAAACAGGAAGAAGCAGCGGCUGCUGCUGCUGCCUUGGCUUCAGCUGCUGCAAUUUCUGAUUCUUCAAGCACUAUUUCCAGUCAUACUAGAUCGGCUGAUGGUCAUAACAAUAAUUCAGUGGGAUAUAAUAGUUCCACCAAAAUCACACCAGCUCAGCUUAGAUUACAAAAGGACAUCACGGAACUUGACAUUCCUAGAAGCAUCAAACUCACAUUCCCAAAUCCAGCAGAUUUAUUUAAUUUCCAACUUUCAAUUUGCCCUCAGGAGGGUUAUUAUCAAUCAGGAACAUUUAGAUUCACAGUGGAAGUAAAUAAUAACUUUCCCAUGGAACCUCCCAAGAUUAAAUGUAUGGAUAAGAUAUAUCAUCCAAAUAUUGACUUAUCGGGUAAUGUUUGUUUGAAUAUUCUUAGAGAAGAUUGGUCCCCAGUAUUAAAUUUGAAUUCUGUAUUGAUUGGAUUAAACUUUUUAUUUCUUGAACCUAAUCCAAAUGAUCCAUUAAAUAAAGAUGCUGCUAAUGUAUUAUCUAAAAAUAAGGCAUUAUUCACUAAAAAUGUGAAAAAAUCAAUGAGAGGUGGUUACAUUGAUGAUGAAUAUUAUGAUAAAAUUAUUUGA